AUGAACCGAACGUCUAAGUACUUCCCCAAGGAGAGGGGGAGGAAGGUGUCGAUACGGUACGAAGGUGAGCCGAAUGGAAGUAGCAUCAGGCGGGUGGGGGGAGAGGAGCAUCGCUUGAAAACAAAGCGGGAGGCCACUAAGGGGGAGACAAGUCCUCAUUUUGUGAAGGGAGAAUAUCCCGAUGGGGAAGGGAAGCUCCUCCCUGUAGGGGGAGGCACUCAAAAUGGUCAAAAGGAGCGACUAGGUAGGCAGGCCAACCAGAAUGGCAAACGAGGCACCAAGCGAGUGCCCGUACAGAAGCACCAAUUGAGGAAGGUUGACAGUGAGCUUAGGAGGAAGCUGGUUAAGGUGAUGGGGGGGUCUGCUCCCGGUGAGGGUGCGGCGAGGUUGGACGGGCGAGUUGCUGAUGGGUGCGGCUCUGACCAGGGUGACGGCCCAGCAGAUAACCACUCAGAUGACCACACCGCUAAUCACGCAGAUAACCACACCGCUAACCACGCAGAUGACCACCCCGCUAAUCGCGCAGAUAACAAUGCCUCCCCCGCCGGGGGGAAGCUGGGGCACUUCCUCCGGACGUACGAAAGGAUCAGCCAAAUGCGCAGGCACAUCGUGGCGCCGGUGGACAAGUACGGUUGCCAUAUGCUGAGCGACAAAAGGGAAAGCGAAAAGGUCUAUCGAUUCCAAACCCUAGUCUCGUGCAUGCUUUCCACACGGACGAGGGAUGAGAGCACCGCCAUGGCGAUGCAGAAAUUGAAGGCACACGGACUCACCAUACACAACAUGCUAAAGACACCCGAGGAGGAAUUACAGAAAUUAAUACAAGCCGUAGGUUUCUACAAAAUUAAAGCUAAACAGAUCAUUCAGAUUAGCCAGAUUCUGAGAGACCAAUACGAUUAUGACAUUCCACACACACUGGAGGGGCUACUAAAGCUGCCGGGCAUAGGGCAGAAGGUGGCUCACCUCAUUUUACAGACUGCCCUUGAUACACAUGAGGGGAUAGCUGUAGACAUACACGUGCAUAGGAUUUCUAACCGGCUGAAUUGGGUAUGCACGAAGAACGAGUCGGCUACUCAAUCCAAGCUGGAGAGCUUUGUGCCGAGGACCCUCUGGUCUGAAUUAAACAAAACCCUGGUUGGGUUUGGGCAGGUCGUGUGCAAGGCGAAGAGUCCCCAUUGCAACAUGUGCGCUGUGACGGACGGCUGUAAGUACUACCAGGACACCCGGGGGGGGAAACCGGCCCUCGGCGCGGAGUGA